AAAAUUGUCUAACCAACUAUUACUGUGCACUAGGCAAGGACCCAUUACAAUAACUUACCAUGAAGCUCGGUGAAAUCUUCCCUAAUGAGUCUGUCAGCACCACUCAGGGUGAUCUGAAAAUCCACGAUUAUUUUGGUGAUGGAUGGGGAAUCUUCUUCACUCACCCAGCUGAUUACACACCUGUGUGCACCACUGAGCUCAGCAUGGUCCAGAAGAUGGUUCCAGAGUUUACUAAGAGAAAUGUAAAGAUGAUUGCGUUAUCCUGCAACUCAGUGUCAGACCACGGAGGCUGGUGUGAGGAUAUCAAGGCUCACGGUAAUCUUGAGGAGGUUUCCUUCCCUAUCAUUGAGGACCCUAGCAGAGACCUUGCUGUUAAAUUCGGUAUGUUGGACCCGGACGAGAAAGACGCAGCCGGUCUCCCACUCACUGCUAGAGCUGUGUUUAUUGUUGGACCCGACAAGAAACUGAAACUAUCCAUCCUGUACCCGGCUACUACCGGCAGGAACUUUGAUGAGCUCCUCAGAGUUAUUGAUAGUCUGCAGCUUACUGCUUACAAGAAGGUAGCGACCCCUGCUAAUUGGCAGGCAGGAGGGGACUGUAUGGUCCUACCCUCGGUUAAAGGGGAGGAAGCUACCAAACUCUUCCCUAAAAUGAGAGUUGAGGACGUUCCCUCUGGCAAGCAGUACAUGAGAUUCACCCCCCAGCCUGAGUAACUCCGCAAGCAGUACAUGAGAUUCACCCCCCAGCCCGAAUAACUCUGCUGACGUUUUGUAAUGUCUGCUUUGUAAUGUCUCUUAAUGUUAAUUGUUUACUAUCUUAUAUUGUUUUAAAUGUAUUCAUGGUAGUUGGUUUUAAAAUUUAUUGGUUAUGAAUAUGAUUUUUCCUUACUUUACUGUUUAGUUAUAUGGUUAAAAGUUUUUGGCUAUGUUUUCUUAUUGAAUGAGCAAUCAUUUAUAGUCAUAUAUUGAGCAUACAUUUUGACAAUAUCCAUUUCAUUAUUGCGUUUAAAAUAUUUUGUCUGAAA